UCAUUUAGCUCUGUGUUAGCUGUGUCCAUGUGUUAUUCUGUCCUCCGUCUUGUUCCUACAGUGCGCUAAAAUAGUGAAAAGAAAGGAGAAAACGGAAACGGUAUAUUGACGAUGUAUAUCUAUCCGCCAGCAGUCACUCAGUAGGCUCCGUCACAGUCUGUGGGAAAGGUCACAAUCCUUCCGAAGGCGCAAAAAAAUGACACCCGCUUCCUCCGACUGAGGUGCACUGUUCCGGCGGUAUACCAUGCACGAUGCUGGGUAACGUCUGCGCAGCAUCGCGUGGCACGGGCAUCCGGCAGAGCGCACCUGAUCCUAACAAAGGAGCCCGCAAUGCUUCCGGCGUCGUCCCCACAGACCAGAGUCUUUGUUCUCACGCGGGCCCCGCGCGCAGCGACACGUUUACGCAGAGUCCCAUCAUCGAUAAACAAACGCCAGUACGAAUGAGUCGAGACGGCGCCGGUGCCCGAAUGGCGAAGACCUCGGAAACCAAGUCGACAACGCCGCCUGAUCACAGUACCAAAGCAGGUCCUAAGCCCGAGUCUGCGCCAUCGGAGGAGACGCGCAGCCAGGGACGCGUCGAGCCGAAAGAGCUGCCGGCCGCGCCGACCAACGCAGCGAGAGUCAUGCGCAUCAGGGCAGCGCCACUGGCCGCACUGACGCAACUGGAGGCCACUCCUGCCGAUGCCGAUUCCACCACAGAUGCCCAGGCGAAACAAGAUGGCGGCUGGAGCGGCACGGACAAGCCUCACGCGUGCCACAUUUGCAGCCGCCGCUACUACUCCUUGGAGUGGCUGCGUCGACACGUCGUCACCCACGAGCGCGGGAAACCGCUCAAGUGCGACCGGUGUCGCCGCUCGUACAUGAUAAGACCGGCGCUCGCCAGGCACAGGGCAAACGUGCACGGAGUAUGAAGCUCCGGAGUUGCGUUUCAACCUCAAUAAACUGU